AUGGUCUCCAAGAUGAUUGUGGACAUCCUAACUCACAGUAGGGUCAUUUCCUAUGUGGACUGCCUGACACAGUUGUCUUUUGUCUCAAUGUUUGGAUGUAUGGAUGACAUGCUUCUGACCGUGAUGGCCUAUGAUCAGUUUCUGGCAAUCUGCCACUUUGUGUACUACACAGUCAUUAUGAAUCCACACCUCUCUGUCUUAAUGCUAUUCUUAUUCUUUAUCAGCCUUUUGGGCUCUCAGCUGCACAAAGUAACUGUCUUGCAAUUUACUUGCUUCAAAGUUGUGGAAAUUGCUAAUUUUUUCCUGCCAUCCUACUCCAUUUUUAACCUUUCAUGUUCUGAUAUCUUGAUAAAAGCCUUUGCCACAUAUUUUGUUGUUCUAAAAAUAUCAUCAUCAAGUGGAAGGUUCAAAGCCUUUUGUACCUGUGGUUCUCACCUGUCAGUUGUUGGCUUAUUUUAUGGACCAGGCCUUCCAUCAUAUCUUGGUUCACUUGUGUCAUAUUCUCCCAUGGAGGUCAUGGUGGCCUCACUGAUGUACAGCGUGGUCACACCUAUGCUGAACCCCUUCAUCUACAGCCUGAGGAACAGGGACAUCAGCAACACACUCAACAAGCUCCACAGUCAAAGUCUAAACUCGGAUUGUAUGGUAAAAAUCUGA